AUGUGGGAAUCAAACGGACAAGUGAGUUGUGUUGGAGAUAACUAAUAUUUUUACAGGGUUCAGUCGCUGAUAUGGUGGCACAAGCGGCCGCUGACCAUUUGAUGGCUGUAAAUCUGCCUGGCUUUGUUUAUCAGCCAGAAGUCGGCAUGUACUACAGCUAUGAGUCCGGUUACUAUUUUGACCUUGUAAGUUUUGAUAUUAGGUUUUCUAUUUUACUUUUAGAAAACUAAUUUGUAUUACCAUCCGUCUACACAAUGUUACUAUCAAUACGAUCAUGAUACUGGACAGUACAAAGUGUAUUCAACGAGAAACACCAAGUGGGAGAGCAAAAAGUACCAUAAACGAGCAAAGAAGCUGCUUGGCGAGCUUUACACUGAAGGUUUAGAGCAAGAUUAUAUUACAGUAGCUGAAGUGUUGUUUGGUUUGGUGGACGAGGUCGGUGUUUGGGAUGGAACGAUCAGAACGUUUGCUUCCAAGAAUAUGUUGAGAGAUGAAGAGGUUAGUUAGAAGUUGUGAGACUUGUAUUGCUUAUAGGACAUGGAUCAUGAAGACUGUGAAGGAGAGAUGGCGUCAAGUUCUUGUUCUUCUGACGAUGAAUUGGAACGAAGACGAGCUGAAGGUAAGAACUUACAGUUUAAGGAAAGAAUGAUGCUUAGCGAUUAAUAUGAAGCUAUAUUUUUGUUUUCAGAAGAGAUGUACAACCAACUAUCGUGCAUUCGGUUGAUGAAUUUCAGAACCAACGAGCUUUCAAUUGUGACGAUUGAUGGUGCAGUUCUUGGUUCUUCGCCAAAGUGCGAAAUAAUUGUUAAAGACGACUCGCCAAAGGCAAGUAAAACUUAUCUUUUAUUAAUAUUAUUUUAGAAGUACGUCAGUUUUGUGUACGAUGAAGUCAGUAAAACGUAUCUGAUCAUCAAUUUGGGAAAAAGCUUAGUUGAGGUUAACAAUGAGGUUGUCGUGGUAAUUUUUUGGGGCCAUACUAGAGAAAGCACCCAACAUAAUAAAGGCACCCACUAAUGGUUUAAAGCACCCAGCAAUCUUUAUUCAAAUUUUAUCAUUAUGAAACGUAGCGCUUUCGAAGAGCGGUGUAGAAGUGUCCAAUUCGUGAAUGGCGAUUGUUGUAGCGAAAACUGAAGAAAAUAUAAUAAGGUGCACGGCUACUGUAACUAGAUAGUUGGCCACUAUAACUAGAUGGUUGGCUACUGUAACUAAGAAAUGGGCUACUAUAACUAGAUAGUUGGUUACUGUAACUAGAUGGUUGGCUACUGUAACUAGAUAGUUGGCCACUACAACUAGAUAGUUGGCUACUAUAACUAGUUAGUUGGCUUUUGGCUACUGGAACUAAAUAAUGGGCUACUGUAACUAGAUGGUUGGCUACUGUAACUAGAUAGUUGGCCACUACAACUAGAUAGUUGGCUACUAUAACUAGUUAGUUGGUAGUUGGCUACUGUAACUAAAUAAUGGGCUACUGUAACUAGAUAGUUGGCCACUACAACUAGAUAGUUGGCUACUAUAACUAGUUAGUUGGUAGUUGGCUACUGUAACUAAAUAAUCGGCUACUGUAACUAGAUAGUUGGCCGCUAUAAGUAUCAGUCAUUCCACUAAAGAAUUUGACAAUUGCACGGUGCAGUCCCUGGGAAAAUCGCGCCCUUUUUUAUCCCACUGCACCGUGCAGGUUCCCCCGCGAUCACUUGCAACCCCAAACGAUGAAAGAAUGUACAGUGCAAGCCCCCAAUUGUCGCAGGAGUCAGGCGACUUGCAACAGUCAAAAAAAUUUUGUCGCAAACCUCCCAUUGAACACAGUGGUGGCUUGAGCGUUGCGACAAUCGCGACACGCUGUCGCAUCGCCCUUUGAAUUACGACGCGACAGUUUGUCGCAAGCUUUGCACCCUGCGACACUGCGAUUCCCAUUGGGAAGUCGCAAGAUGCAAGCGAAUGUCGCACGACUCGCUGAAUGUUGUGUGACGUCCCUCAAUUCUCGGCGCGACAGCGAUUCCUCCAAAUUGGGGUUUGCGAUUUUGUCAAAUUCUUUAGUGGAAAGACUGAUAGAUAUUUGGCUACUAUAACUAGUUAGUUGGUAGUUGGCUACUGUAACUAAAUAAUGGGCUACUGUAACUAGAUAGUUGGCCGCUAUAAGUAGAUAGUUGGCUACUAUAACUAGUUAGUUGGCUUUUGGCUACUGUAACUAAAUAAUGGGCUACUGUAACUAGAUAGUGGCUGCUACAACUAGAUAGUUGGCUACUGUAACUAAAUAGUAGGCUACUAUAACUAAACAAUGGGCUACUAUAACUAAGAUAAAAUUAAUACUAUGGUAAAAUCAAACGUAUUUUUUAAAUAAAUACUAAAUUCUUACCUGUUAUCCAUCAAAACUCGAUAGAAGAUGACUUCUUUGAAGGUGGUUGAUCUUGGCCUAGGUUGUCAGGUUGUCGAUGGAUCCAUGAUCACCACGAUCAGAUUCCAUGCUGACCCGACCGUCUCACGCAGUCGAUAAAAUAUGAAUGACCGUUUUCAAAAAAGGAAAAACAACAAAAUGAAAUUGCAAGAUUAUGCAAAAUUUGAAUACUUUUGGGUGCCUUAAAUAGGAUAAAAAUUGGGUGCUUUCAUUAGUAAUACUGGGUUAUUUCUUUAGAUUAGCGCCAGUCUUUUCAAUUAUUUUAUAUUAUACAUAAUACAAAUCAGACUAAUUAACCUGUUGUGCAUGUUACAGGACUCCGUCGAAUUGUCGCACAAAGACAAAAUACUGAUAAAUGACCAUGAAUUUGUUGCUCACAUACACAAAGGACUAAACACAUGCCCAGAUUGUGAACCUGGUCGUCUAAUUGUCAACGAAAAACGUGUUUAUACUCGAACAUCCAAAGCCAAUCACAGUAAAGAAAUGCGCAAGUUGAGGGCACAGUUUGGUGUUAACGGUACCGAAUUUAGUCAUCAUGAGGUAAAUGACAGAGCCAAACAAAGACGACUGGUCGAAGGGAGCGAGCCGCCUGUCAAAGCACGGUCUUUUGACAUGUAUGCAAAUUGUAAAGCAGCUCCAGUCAAGGGUAAUGUCACCUUGAGCCAGCCGGUUGUUUCUGAUAACAGUAAAGGGCUGAAACUGCUGAAAGCGAUGGGAUGGAAGGAAGGAUCGGGUCUGGGCAGGAGUAAUCAAGGCAUUGUUAAUCCGGUAAGGAAAUGGUGCUUUCAUAAGUGGCAGUGUUAAAUACUACUAUUUUUGAAAAUGUCUUGAUGUGUAUUUUAACCUGACUUAAUUCUUGUGUUGAUUUGGGAAGAAAUACUGACUUGAUUUCAGAUUCAAAACGUUGUAAAGAAUGACCGUGCUGGCCUAGGAUCGCCUUCUAGUUCCAGUAAACGGGCAGUCCCACCCAGACAGAAGCUGAAGAUGGAAAUACUCGAGAAGACGAAACAAAGAUACGAUCAAACACAGUGA